CAGAACUGAAGCUCUAGCGUUUGACGACUGAUCGGAUGGAUGGAGGUGUUGGUGCGAAACCCUAUUUGACAUCCACUACUUUGUGCCGACCACGUUGCUGAGCACUUCAGGUGGAUUUGCUGAGACAGAAACUGCAUAGAUGGCAAACAUGGCCUCAGCCUCAUCCAGCAGCGAAAGUGAGUCACAAAGUGUGCUUACCUGGGAGCAAGUGAGCCGCUUGAACGACGUGCUGACGGAGGCCGUGCCGGUUCACGGACGUGGCAACUUUCCCACCCUGGAGGUCCGGCUGAAGGAUAUUGUCCAGAUGGUUAGGAACCGUCUGGAGCUGAGGGGCAUCAUGGUCAAAGAUGUACGUCUGAAUGGUUCCACCGCCAGCCACGUGCUGGUAAAGGACAUUGGCUGGAGCUACAAAGACCUGGACGUCAUCUUCAGGGUAGACCUUCCUCGGGAAGAGGAGUUCCAGCUCAUCAAAGAUGUGGUUCUGAGCACUUUGUUGGACUUUCUGCCAGAGGGGGUGAACAAAGAGAAGAUCACUCCCAUGACGCUGAAAGAGGCCUAUGUCCAGAAGCUCGUCAAAGUGUACACCGAGCAGGACCGCUGGUCCCUCAUCUCGCUGUCAAACAACAACGGCCGCAAUGUGGAACUUAAGUUUGUGGACUCGAUCCGGAGACAGUUUGAGUUCAGCGUGGACUCCUUUCAGAUCAUAUUGGACUCUGUUCUGUCAUACUACGACUUCUCAGAAAACCCCAUGUCUCGGCACUUCCACCCUACUGUGGUCGGGGAGAGCGUGUACGGCGACUUUGCUGUGGCUCUGGACCACCUCAGGAACAAGCUCAUUGCCACCAAACGGCCGGAGGAGAUCCGUGGAGGUGGUUUGCUCAAAUACUGCAACCUCCUGGUGAGGGACUUUAGGCCCACAGACGAAGAUGAAUUUAAGGCCCUGGAGCGCUACAUGUGCUCCCGUUUCUUCAUUGACUUUCCCGACAUUGGUGAGCAACAGCGCAAACUGGAGGCUUAUCUGCAAAGCCACUUUGUCGGUGAGGAGAAGAGCAAGUACAACUACCUCAUGAUCCUGCGGCGGGUCGUGAACGAGAGCACCGUGUGUCUCAUGGGACACGAGAGGCGGCAGACGCUUAACCUCAUCUCGCUGAUGGCGUUUCGGGUGCUCGCCGAGCAGAAUGCCAUACCUGAUGCAUCUAGCGUCACCUGUUACUACCAGCCGGCUCCGUAUGUCAGAGACCUGAACUUCAACAACUACUAUGUGGCCUCUUGUAACCAGUCCAUUCCAACUUGGUUGCCUUGUAACUAAGACUCAAAGAUGCUUGUUCAACAACAAAAUUCAUGAGUUGGCCAGAAAGCCGGAUAUGGCAGUAAGGGAUGUUUCCUUCCGUAGGCAUAAAGGAUAUUUAAAAUGACAAGUGUUUCCUUUCUUUUCUUUUUUCUUUUAUUUCCUUCUCUGCAGAUGUGCCAAGACAUUUCUGAUUUAAAGUGAUAUAUUUUAGUGAUUUGAAU